AACGUCGACUUGAGAGGCUGUUACUGGGCUGCCGUGGACGUCACCAAACUUUACGUAAAUAAAUAACAUUUGCGUUUUACGGUAAAUCUGGAUUGUUUUCGCUAAUCUGUGAUAGUGUUUGUGUAGAAGUGGGAAUAAAUUAGUGUUUAACAAGUUAAGUGUAGUUUUGUAGUGGAUUUACGAGGAAAUCGCUAAGCAAAGUUGUAACGGAACCCGAUAUCGGGGCGGAGACUCGAUCGACACGAGUUUUAUUGGGAUUCUGGAUUGCCGCGAUGCGCUGCUGACGCCGUGAUGAUGAGGCUGGAGGCCCCAGACAAACCGCACCGCUACCACAACCUGCUGCACGACGACCAUGCCAAUGAAAUGCUAGAAGGAGAGGGCGCCGGGCUGGCGGCUCGCGUGGCAGAGCUGGAAGUCCGCUGCGCCCGGCAGGCUGAGGAACUGCUGUGUCUUCGGUCCACCCUCGCUGAUGCUCUACGAAGGCUCAACGCUUUAGAAGGGAGAGCUCCAGCAUCUUCAACACCUCAAAGAAAUGGGGGUUACACAGGGUCAUCAGGCACUCCAACGAGAGAGCUAAGGCUACGGCAACCUUCCUACAGAGAGACUGCUAAACGGACGUCCAGCUAUGGCGCCAGCGCCUCUUCACUCCCACAAAGACGCGGCCCACAGCACCAGUCCACAGGCUCCCUGCAGUCGGACUCGCCGGCCUCGUCGUCGUCGCUGUCCCCGGCGCCCUCCCCCUCGCCGCGCGCCACCCCCGCGCCGCACAGGUCGCAGGCUAGCCUAUCCCGCAACAACUCCACCUCCAGCAACCAGAGCCAGAGCCCCGGAGGAAACAAUCUCACCAAGCGGUGGAGCUCCACCGGAGACUUCAACGCGCAGGGACUCAUUCCCAACAUCAGAUUUACAACCACAAAGUCGUUGUUAAACUUGUAUUCUAAGUCGCCACAGAACGGACCGAUUCUCAAACACGGCACGCACACCUGCCAAUACAACGAGGAAGAUGGCACGAUGCGCAUGUACCUGCGCGGGAGGCCCGUGGUGCUGUACGGACCCUCGGACCUCGACGGGUUCGACCCGGCCAAGGUCGCGCCGCCGCCGCAGAACAAGCUCAAGCUGGAGUGGAUCUAUGGAUACAGAGGCAAAGACUGCCGCAGCAACCUGUACCUCCUGCCGACCGGCGAGAUCGUGUACUUCGUCGCAGCCGUGGUGGUUCUGUUCAACGUGGAGGAGCAAUGCCAGCGCCACUACACCGGCCACACUGACGACGUCAAGUGCCUCGCCAUACACCCCAACAAGCUUAUCGUGGCCAGCGGGCAGUGCGCGGGGCACGACCGAGUCGAUGCUAGGCCGCAUGUUCGCGUGUGGAACUCCGUCUCCCUGGCGACCCUGGCCGUGAUCGGAGCGGGACAGAUGGAGCGCAGCAUAGCGGCGCUCUCGUUCUCGCGCGCCGACGGUGGCGCCCUCCUCGCAGCUGUAGACGAGGGCGCGGACCACACCAUCUCGGUGUGGGAGUGGCAGCGGGACAAGGGGCACUGCCUCGCCGAGACCAAGUGUUCAGUGGACACGGUGGUGGCAGCCGAGUUCCACCCGCUAGACCGCAACCACAUCGUGACGUGCGGCAAGAACCACAUCGCGUUCUGGACGCUCGACCACACCAACAUGCUCUACAAGCGCAUGGGCGUGUUCGAGUCCCGGGACAAGCCCAAAUACGUCACGUGUCUCGGAUUCAACCACAACGGCGACGUGUUGUCUGGCGACUCGAGCGGCAACAUCACGGUGUGGGGCCGCGGCACCAACACCGUGGCGAAGCUGGUCCGCGGCGCGCACGCCGGCUCCGUGUUCUCGCUGCUCGCGCUCAAGGACGGCUGCGUCGUCAGCGGCGGCGGCAAGGACGGACGCGUCGUCAUGUUCGACGCGGAGCUCAACGCCACGGGACACGAGAACAUUAUCGAAGGUCACUACGGCGGCGUGCGAGUACUGGCCGAGGGUCGCGGCAGCCAGCUGCUCGUGGGCACCACCAAGAACUGCAUCCUGCACGGAGACCUGCAGCUCGGCUUCUCGCCCGCCGUGCUAGGUCACGUGGACGAGUUGUGGGGGCUGGCGGCCCACCCCACUCUGCCGCAGUUCGUGACGGCGGGCUGGGACCGUCUGCUGCAGCUGUGGGACGGCAUGAGCCACUCCACCGUGUGGAGCAAGGACAUCGAGGAGCGCGCGCAGUGCUGCGCUUGGGCGGCGGGCGGCGCCGCGGUGGCGGUGGGGUGCCUGACCGGCAAGUGGCUCGUGUUCGACCCCGUCUCCAGGGAGCUGCUGGCCCAACAUCAGGACGGAUCGGAGCCCAUUCAGACGAUCCAAUACUCGCCCGACAACAAGUACGUGGCGCUCGGGUCGCGGGACAACUUCAUCUACAUAUACCAAGUGGACGACGACUGCCGCCGCUACACCCGCGUCGGCAAGUGCUUGGGUCACUCCAGCUACAUAACGCACCUGGACUGGUCCGAAGACAGCCAAUACAUCAGGAGUAACUCCGGAGACUACGAGCUAUUAUACUGGAACGCGACGACGUGUCGCCAGGUGCCGACGCCGACGAGCCUGCGCGACGCGACGUGGGCGACGCACACGUGCCCCAUCGCCUUCCAGACCGUCGGCGUGUGGCCCGAGACCGCUGACGGCACCGACAUCAACUCCUGCACCAGGUCUCACGACAGUCGCCUCGCUGCGACUGGAGAUGAUUUCGGUAAAGUGAAGCUUUUCGCCUACCCCGUCACACAACCUAAGUCCCUCUGUCACCAAUACGGCGGGCACUCGUCACACGUGACCUGCGUCCGGUUCCUGCCCGACGACUCGCGCCUCGUGUCCACAGGCGGACUCGACACGAGCGUCAUGCAGUGGCUCGUAGAUUAAACCUUAACUCCAACGCA